AUGGCUGUCGCCGAUACCGCCCGGAGGGCACCGCCUCGUCGCUCUCAUGCUCCUCGCGGCCGUCGCGGCGCUUUUUAUGACGCCGUUUCUCACGUCGCCUGCGCAGAGCGGCUCGCCGCCGCGCCUGGGCGAUGCGGCGUGUCGCACUGGUCGUGGACGCUCAAGUGCGUGGCGGCCGAGGCGAAGGCGCUGCGACGCACGCUGGUGCUGGUGACGGAUCGAUGCCUGUCGCAGACGCACUCCAAGAGCGGACUCAUGGAGCACAAGCACGUGGGGCUGUACUACAAUCUCACGCACAUGAUGAGCCGGCAGCCAGUGAUGCUGCUGGAGCACUUCGAGGCGCGGUUUGGCCCGUGGCACACGGUGCCGUUGCACUAUUUCGACAUGGGGCCGCGCACGGGCACGCUCGCCAAGCACAGGGACGCCUUCCUGGUGGUGCGCGUGCCACAGGAGCAGCAGUUCGGGUUCAUGGUGUGCUACAAGAAGACCAACGAGGACGUGGUGACACCAGACCCGGACUUCCUCCGUCCCAUCGACCCGCACGUCAAGAUUGCGCAAACCAUGGCCAACGCCAUGGGCGGUCCGCAGCAGUUUGACUUUGUGCACGUGCGGCGCGGGGACAAGGUCAACCCGCAGCUGUGGCCCCACCUCGACCACGACACAAGGCCCAAGGCCCUCCUGCAGAAGCUCCCGAAGCGCAUCCCCCCCGGAAGCACGCUCUACAUCGCAACCAACGAGCGCGACCCGCACUUCUUUGACCCGCUGCUGGCCGUCUACAAGCUCUAUAAGGAGGAGUACUUCGCUGAGAUGUGGGCACAGGGCUCUGAGUGGGAGCGGGAGAUGCGCGUGGUGGCUGCAGGGGUGGGCGUGCAGGGGCGAGUGGAGGCGGACAGUGAGGUGCUGGUGCUGGUGGACUACCAGCUCAAGCAGCUUGCGCGAACUGCUCUUGAGACGUUUAAUGAUCUCACGGACGAUCCCCGGGACGGAAUUGUGGUGGCUGGAGGAAAGAGCUGA